UAUUGGUAGCCGAACAAGCGAAACAAUCCAAUUAAAUAUUUCAUAGUUUAUUUAUAGAAUGGGAUAGUCUGUUUUUUGUUUAAAUAUUGAAACUACAGGUAGAGCCGAUUCAAAACGGGAUCUUCUACUAUACCUUCGAGCAUCUACCUAUUUUUAUUUUUUUUAUUUUAAACUUUAUUGCACAAGAACAAGUACAAAAGGCGGACUUAAUGCCUUGAGGCAUUCUCUACCAGUCAACCACUGGGCCAAACAGAACCUAUGUAUCUAUAACAAAAUUUUGAGCGUAUCAAAAGUGGAGUGUAAUAUAUAUAAACUUUUGCUUUCCAUUGAUUCUACUCAGUUAUUGGUUUUUCAAACAAUAAACAUGAUUUUUGUAUUGCUAGCAUUAGUGGCAAUUCUUGUGUACUAUUUCGGUACUCGGAACCACCACUACUGGGCCAAGAGGAACGUCAAGCACGACCCGCCCGUGUUCCUGUUCGGAAACAACUUCAAGGGCUUUUUCGGGCGGCAAAGCUUUACAGAGGUAGCCAACGACUUAUACAACCGGUUCCCUAACGAGAAAGUUGUCGGAUACUAUAGAGGAUCGACUCCGGAGCUGUACAUAAGAGACCCAGAUAUAGUAAGGAAUAUAUUAAGCAAUGACUUUGCAUAUUUCUAUCCACGGGGUCUCGGAAGGAAUCCGGAGGUGGAGCCGUUGCUGUCGAAUCUGUUCCACGCAGACGGCGACCUGUGGAAGCUGAUGCGGCAGCGGCUCACGCCGGCGUUCACCACCGCGCGGCUGAAGGCGAUGUUCCCGCUGGUGGUGCGGUGCGCGGAGCGGCUGCAGGGCGUGGCGCGCGCGGCCGCGGCCCGCCCCGGUGCCUGCGACGCGCGCGAGCUCAUGGCGCGUUUCACUACCGAGUUCAUCGGUGCCUGCGGUUUCGGCGUCGAGACCAACUCCCUUGGGUACGAAGACUCCCACUUCAGAAAGAUCGGCAGACUCAUAUUUUCCAGGCCGCUCUCGGUCAUAAUAAAGCACAUGAUCUGGGAACUUUUCCCUCCGCUAAGAUCCUACAUUCAUGUACUUGACCGGAAACUAGAAGACGCUCUUUUCAGUUUCGUCAAGAAUAUAAGAGAAGUUAGACAGUGCAAGCCCUCCGGCCGCCAUGAUUUCAUAGACCUGCUCCUUGAAUUAGAAGGCAAGGGAAAGAUCGUAGGAGAAUCAAUUGAGCACCACAACCCAGACGGUAUACCUGCUGUGACUGUGGACAUGGAAAUGGAUUUGAAAAUGAUGGCGGCCCAAGUGUUCGUAUUCUUCGCCGCGGGGUUUGAGACGUCCUCGUCAGCCACAAGUUAUACUUUGCACCAGCUCGCAUUUAAUCCUGAAUUACAAUUAAAAAUUCAAUUGGAGAUUGAUGAAGUGCUUCGGAAAUAUGAUAAUAAGUUGUGCUACUACGCCGUGGCGGAGAUGACGCUGUUGAGCAUGGCUUUCAAGGAGGCGAUGAGGAUAUUUCCGUCUCUGGGCGUGUUGAACCGCGUGUGUGCUCGACCUUACAUUUUCCCUGAGAUAGGGCUGACCGUGGAUCCCGGAGUGAGGAUCGUAAUCCCGUUGGAAGCGCUGCAGAACGAUGAGAAAUACUUCGACAACCCGCAAAAGUUUCGGCCAGAGCGAUUUAGACCUGAAGAAGUAAAGAAGCGACAUAAAUAUGUGUAUUUGCCCUUCGGUGAUGGACCCCGAGCAUGCAUAGGAUCGAGACUGGGCGAGAUGCAGUCGCUGGCCGGGCUGGCAGCGGUCCUGCAGGCAUGCAGCGUCGCACCGGCUUCGACCACAAAGCGGGUGCCGCGGGUGGACUCGCGGUCUAACAUCGUGCAGGCUGUGAAGGGAGGCCUACCGCUACAGCUUACUGUUAGGGAUCAAUGAGUCGGAAUCAAAAUUGAAAAAUUUGCUGUUCACUUAAGCAUAUAAAUAAGCUUGAAAUUAAUUGUAAUUUGUGGACGUCUUUUUUAUGGAAAUGUCUAAAACUACGUCGAUAUCCUGGAUAAUUGAUAUUUUCUGCAGCAAUGCAGUCGCAAUCCGAAUGUAAGCUUAAAAUAAGUAAAAUAACAGAUGUCAAAAUUGAUUUCA